AUGAAGUCGUUCUUCGUCAUCACUCUUGUUCUAUUUUCAUGUCUGUGUCUUGUUGGAGUCACCCAAGCCGUUGCUGUCUCAAAGGAAAGUACGCAAUAUGAAGCUUUUGACCCUGAAAACAUUCUAAAUUCAGGAAAACUGACCGAAACAGAAGAGGAUAAAAUCUCUGAAAUUAGAAACCAAGUAUUGUUCCUUCAGGAAUCCGUUGCUGAGAUCACCCGUUCCUUCUCAACUCUCGAACUUGUUGCGAAGAAUCCAUCAAUGAUGGCCAAGAUUCACAUUUCUGACUCUCUCGAGACCGAUCUUGAGCUGGGAGAACCUGAAAAGACACGACGUCGAAGGGAACUCGACUCGCAAUCGACUUUCCCGACAUCGUUCCCACCAUCUGGUGCCGAGCAGCAAAGCCUGGGUCAGAACCCGUUUGGACCAUACUCAUGGCCAAUGUAUUCUGGUCAAUGUUUCUUAUGUCCUGCUGGUGUUCCUGGUCAAAGAGGUCCUCUAGGGCCACAGGGGACUGCCGGAAGGGACGGGAGAGAUGGACGGGAUGCGCCGACAGGUCCACAAGCUCAAGAAGCCCCCACUUCACCAAGUGACGAAACAAACCCAACUGAAUCCCGCGGUGAUGCAGUAGUGCGUCCAGUAGGUAACAUGACAAGUCUACCUGGUGUCAUCUACAUUCGCUGGGGUAAUGAUGUUUGUCCCGAAGAUGCAGAACUCAUCUAUUCAGGUACUAUUGGAGGUGCACACUACACUCAUGCUGGUAGCGGCUCAAUCAUCUCUGCAUGCCGGAAGAGCCUAUCUAUGACGAAGUAG